GAGAGCAUUGCAGGGAAAAAAAGGGAAAAAAAAUGUCAUCAUCUCGAUUGAAAUGCCGAGGCGGAGCUAUGGACGACGGCCGGUGAAGCGCUCGCCAAACAGGAAUGAGAUUGAACGCAACGCCGAGGCUCGCACAGAUGUCGCACGGGGCCUGGAUGGAGAACCUUGAAAUAAAAAUUAUGGCAUUAUUUUUACCCACGCCAUUCUACCGCUGAGAGCAAAUCAGACACUAAACUGCCAUUUAUUUUGAAAAUAAUAUUAUUUUGCAUGACAACACAGCAGUCUCAUUAACAAGAAAGCAUUACAUGCAGAUAUACAUUUAAUAGAUUUUAAAGCAUGAUAAACCACUGUUGUGAAUGUGAGUGACAGCUGUUAUCCAAGUAAUUUAACUUCAUCAUUAUUUAGAGUAAAUAGGACAAACUGCAUCUUACUUUUUCAGUGUAAUAUGCAUUCUUUAGAUUUUAAAUGAUUUUCAUUUUAUUUGUAUUUAUUUAUUUUUUUAAAUAGUGGCUUUUCAUUUCUAAAAGCACAGAAUACGAAGUAAAAAAAAAAAAAUAAAAUAAAAAAAAAAAAAAAAAAACAUUUAGGGUAUAUACACCAAACAUACAACAAACAAAGUGGAAGGAGAGAUUGGUGAUUUGGAUAAAUUCGACUAUUUUGAUCCAAACGGCAUCUGUACGUUUUCACACCUCAAGAUGGAUGCAGCUUGGAGCAGUUUCCUCUUUCAGACUCCGCCUUCACAGUCCCAAACUGAGGCGACCCUCCAAUCGGAUCUUCUACCGGAGUUCACGGAUACCUCUCAGGACCCGCCCCCUGAACAUAUAGCCACGCCCCCAUCUACGGUGGACACCGCAGCGCUGAGUGAGGAGCCUGUACCGGGUGAGGGAGGGGCAAAAGAGGAGGGUACUGAAGGGAACAAAGUGAAGCCAGUUUCUCGUCCCGCCCGACCGGCACACAUCUGCUCCAUAUGUAAUAAGCAGUUUAAGAACAGUUAUAACCUGCGUCGUCACCAGUCUGUCCACACUGGAGUGAAGAUGAAGGACAGAGCCGCUAAAGAGAAAAUAGACGGCGGGAAGGCUGCACCACGAGUGGAGAGGCAGACAAUCCCUCUUUCUCUUCUCCAACUGACUAUACCUGCCUCCAUACCCACGGCAGUCGACCCCAUGGCCCAUCCUUCCCCAAUCAGCAAUCAGCAGCUAGAGACUGUUGCUCUCUCUAUUGCCCCAGCAACGGUUGCCAUGACAGUGACCCAACCUCUCCCUACUGCAGUGGUGGUUACUGGGACAAUGGUGCAGGCUGCUCCAAAUAACAACACCAACGAUAACCUGAAUAAUCCCACACCGAUCCAAAUAUCUUUCCCAAUAACAAACCCACUGCCAGUAAAUCCAGCUCCCAUUCCUAAUCUCAACCCAAACCCAGUAAGAAAGAACCAUGCUUGUGAGGCGUGUGGGAAGGCGUUCAGGGACGUGUACCAUCUUAACCGGCAUCGGUUGUCCCAUUCAGAUGAGAAGCCUUACUCCUGUCCCAUCUGCCAACAGCGGUUUAAGAGAAAGGAUCGUAUGAGUUAUCAUGUUAGGUCACAUCAGGGAGGGGUGGAAAAACCAUAUGUGUGUCCCCACUGUGCCAAGGGCUUCUCACGGCCUGACCAUCUUAACAGUCAUGUGCGACAGGUGCACUCCACAGAAAGACCCUUCAAAUGUCCGACGUGCGAAUCUGCGUUCGCUACUAAAGACCGGUUACGAGCUCAUAUGAUCAGACAUGAGGACAAGGUUCCCUGCCAUAUCUGUGGCAAACUUCUCUCCCCUGCUUACAUCACAGAUCACAUGAGAGUCCAUAACCAAUCACAGCAUCACGUCUGCCACCUUUGUAACCGCAGUUUCACCACACUGACAUACCUGCGUGUACAUGCUCAGAAGCACCAUGGGCAAGAGUGGAAGGAGAGUGGGGUCGGCCGUGGCUGCGGCCCAGGCGGGGUGCUGUUAUGCCAGCUGUGUGGGGUGCACUGUAAGACGCCCACGCAGCUCCAGGGCCACAUGGCCAUCCAUGCCAACCAGACAGACCCCAACGUCCCUUGCUCCAUCAGCAGCAGCAGUUCAGUGGCAACUGUGGGCGGAGCCACUUCUGUGUCCAGCCCUCCAGUCACGGUUGGACUGCUGGUGACUGACUGCUCCAGCAUUGCUCCUCAGAGCCACAGCUAGCCAACAGCACAUCUUUAGGAAGGAGGGAGGGUUGAAUGAGGCGGGGAUUAAUGGGUGGGUGGGGAGAAAAGUGGACAAGAGGAUUGGCCUAACCUGGACAGGCUGCCAUGGAAAUGCCAACACAAAGAUUGCCAUAGAACCUAGCCAUAACCCCGCCCCUUUCAUCCACCUCAAAUCUUGCUGGCACCGUGCUAGAACUGAAUAACUCUGCUCAAAGAAGUAUGACAUUUGAGUGAACUCAAGAAACAUCAACCUGCUUCAAAUUCACUUUAAUGUGCAGAUGGAACAGCAAAUCCUACUGGAUUAGUUGUCCUUCAUAUGCUUUGAUCUGGUCUGAUUUUGUUUUGAAGAAGAGCUGCACGUUUCUAUGAAGAUCUGAUGGACGCCUGGGUUGGAUGUCAUUACAUUUCCUUCCAAAGUCCCCACUGAGAGAUCACUCUGGUUUUAAAUGUAGGCUGUUAUUAAGUGCCGUCCCAGUUCAUCACGACAAUUCCAGUGUUGAGGAAUGUAGAACACUGAGAGGAAUUGACACAUUAUGCCUUCAAACCAUUUCCUUAUAUCGUAUUGGGUCAGAUCAAACCGACUGCUACAUAUGAUCUUGAAGAAAAAAAGAGAUACAUUUCAUAAAUGAAUUUACUCUGUUGUAAGAGAUCAUUCCAUCUUAAAUGAUCUUUACAUGACAUCUUCACAGAACUUUUUAUGGGAUCAAAUAUGGUGCCAUUUCAUCUCAUGUAUUCCUGCAAAGGGUUGUAAAGGUUUAAAACGUGGUCACAUGGACAAAAUAUUUAUAUUUGUAAUGUACGUAGUAUAUAUGAACACUAAAAAACUAAUCUAUUGUUCAAUGCCUCCUAUGAUAAUUUUCACGAUUCUUAUUGAUCAUGAUUUAUCUCCUACUUUUUUUGACUAAAGACAUUAAACAAAUGUAAUAAUGUUGAUUAAGCUGCAUAAGAUCUGUAACCUAUGUUUCCAGUUCUGUUUGUGUUGAUGCUUGUUAAACGCCAAUAUGUGUUGGUGUUGCUGUACUUUUAUCCUAAUUAAUCUCUGUACAAUUAUCAUGCACCUAAUUAUACUGAAUUUAACUGCAGCAUCUGUUGCUCUGUUGGGAUAUAUCAUAUUAUGUACAGUAUGUCGAGUCAACUGGUGCUUUUGUGGUACACUUUGGCAUCCCAUUCUUUUUUUUUUUUUAAAGCAUGACAUGCACAAAUCUCAUGUACACACACACACACACACACACACACACACACACACACACACACA